UAGGAGGAGAAAGCCUUCCUUUAUAUUCGUCUUCACCCGCCUUCCACCAGUGUCUUCUUGGCUCUGCAGAUCACUCAGAAGAAGCGAAACAGGAAUGGCGAAGCGCCUCAUCCCUUUGUUGAACAGGGUUCUCGUUGAGAAGAUUGUUCCUCCCAGCAAAACCAAUGCCGGAAUCCUUCUUCCGGAGAAGACCACUAAGUUGAACUCUGGCAAGGUUAUCGCCGUCGGACCGGGUGGGCGUGACAGAGAGGGGAAAAUUAUCCCUGUAUCUGUCAAAGAAGGGGACACCGUUCUUUUGCCCGAAUAUGGCGGUACCGAAGUAAAACUUGGAGACAAAGAGUAUCAUCUUUAUAGAGACGAGGACAUCUUGGGCACGCUCCACGAUUGAAGAGGUCGUGAACACGUCUGAUUGGUGAUGGUGGUUCUAGGGAUAAGUUUUGGGGAUCUUAUGAAAAAUUGUCUUCUCUGUUCUGUGAUAAGGAGUCUUCCUAGUUGGUACAGAAUGGCACACCUUUGAGACAUGUAACCAUGCUUUUGCAAGGAGUGAAAACGGGAUUCGAAUUUCUGUUUUUUUCUCUA